AUGUGUUUCGGCAUAACCCCCAUCUAUCACAUGAAAGAGAAAUGCCCAACACGGAGACUUCGGGGUUGCAAGAAGCCGAGGCGAGCACAUUCUCGCACAGGUCAGGGCCAAUUUUACGAAUCUCUUCUGGACAAAUGUUCCUACGAAAUUGAAAGUCACAUCAUGUUGGAAGACUUUGCUGAGGCGUCGGAACUGCGCUUGAAACGGUACAGCAACAAACGUCUUCGCUCCGAGGAAGUGACCAUGGCCCAGGUCAGCGCCCGAGUACAAGUCAAAGUAUGCUGUCUGGGAAAAAGCUUCUGGCACUAA